AUGCAUGACCUCUUCAUGGGAGCGGUCGGCGUGGACGCCUUCUUCGUGCUGUCUUCCUUCCUGGUGACCAUGAUCUUCAUGAAGAAGAGCAUCAAGCUGAUGACGGAGAGUGCGUCCUACCGCAAGUGGGGCUUCGCUCUGCUCGACUAUUUUUCCAAGCGCUUCGUCCACGUCUACCCGCUCUUCGCACUGCUGGUGAUUGCGCUGUGGCUGAUGCCGUUCGAGUACAAGAACGGAUUCUAUUUGGUUAAGAGUCCUGACGACUUUAACCUGCUCCAGACCCUCACGUUCGACCCGGAGCACCGCCACUAUCUGCUGUGGACUCUACCCCUGGAGAUUUCGUCGCUUCUGGUGGAUGUCUUCGCUCUGCUGUACGUCUGGGUCAUCCACAAGGGGCUCUACACGACUCGAGACAACUACUACCGACAGCCAUUGACCAAGCACCUGCCGACAUUCGUUGCGGGGUCCAUGGCUGCCGUAAUCUUUGUCAAGUUGGAGGCGUGGAUUAAAAGCGCACAAUUCACGUUCCGUAAGCUGCGCGUCAUCGGCAUCCGAGUGGUAGAAGACGCCUUGAUUGCAGCCUACCUCAGCGUCGUCUUCCGUGGAUAA